AUGGCGGCAACGAAAAUCAAAGGGCUGCAGCUGUGGUGUCGGCGCAUGACCGACGGGUAUGCUCACGUAGAUGUUGCCAACUUUACCACCGCCUGGAGGGACGGGAUGGCUUUUUGCGCUUUGAUCCAUCGUUUCAGACCUGACCUGAUAGACUAUGACUCACUGUCACCAGAAAAUGUGUUUGACAACUGCAAGCUGGCAUUUGAGAUUGCUGAGCAAGAACUAGAUAUCCCAGCAUUCCUUGAAGCAGACGACAUGGCCAGAUUGAAAUGUCCAGACAAAUUGAGCAUUAUCACUUAUGUCUCACAGUAUUACAACAACCUGAGUACACUACCUCAGCUUGGGGGUCCCGGAGUCAGAGGCAAGGUUUCCAACAAGGCCGUCACCGGCACCAAGAGACAAACUGAUGCUGAUCAUUCCGCUGCACCAGCUGUGAAAAAGCCACCAGUUACAGACACUAAGGAAAAUGCAUCUCCAGUAGCAAGCAGAACUGCACCAACUUCGGUCCUGGACAAGUGCUCAAUCUGUCAAAAUCGGGUGUAUCUUCUGGAGCGGCACAUGGAAGGCGGCAAACUGUACCAUAGAUCUUGCUUUCGUCAUAGUGAACUGUCACCGACCAACAAGGUUUACACACGUUCUCCAUUCAUGUCGCCAUCUCUCAACUCAGAGACUCAGGGUUUUACGUACCCAGCUGCCGCCAGCAAAGCACAAGUUUUAUCAGACACAGAUAAGAAAAGCAUGAACUCUACUGUUAACACAACAGCAGAAAUAAAAACAACAAUUUCAAAAAAGGCAGAAAGUACUGGAGCAAAACAUAUUCUCACGGAUCCAGUCAUCGAGAACACAAAGAAAUCCAAAAUGCAGUUAGAGACAUCACUUAGUGAAGAUAAAUCUAAAAAAGCAUCUGAAAUCAAGGAAAAAUUAAAAAGUUUAAAAGCCAGAUACUCUCUAGGCAGCAAAAGUGAUGAAGUUCCUAGUGCAUUACCUCUUUCUGGUAAGGAGGCUAGAAAAGUGGAGAAGAAACGAGAGGAGGUUCUGACUAUACUAAGACCAUUAGAUGAACUGGCAAAAGGGGCUAAGCGAAAUAUACCCCUUAUUUUGCAGAGUGACAAGGUGACAACUGACAGUUCAAGUGAUGGUGUCCGGACAUCGACAACAUCUUCAGUAUCAUCACCAUCACUGGUAUCAUUAUCAGCAGAAACAUCAGCUUCUAACUCUUCUGCAGCAGCGACGACAUCACCUUCCAAGACUUCUAGUCACUCACCAAAGUCUGUGUCAACAAAUAAAGCUGCAGGUGUUAAAAAACAUGAAAAACACACUAAAGACCUGUUCAGUUCAAAUAAACACAGUAGAAGUUCUUUGCCAGAAACACUAAAUCUCCAGAAAGAUUCUAGAAAAUCUGAUUUGGAUUCCAACACAUCAUCAAAAGGGAUUACCCCUGUAGCACGACCUCGAACACCAAGAUCUGAUCGCAAAGGACUGAGUGAAGAUCUUGUAGCAAUGAAACAGUCCCUAAAAGCAACCUCUGAGCAGAAAAACAAAGACGUGACUCCUAAACCUGCACCUCGUCGAAGCAUGCUGGAUUCACCUGAGAAAGCUACAUCUUCUGGUUUGCCAAAGGUCAGAAAAUCCAAACUGCAUUCAGAGCCAGCUGUAGAUGAAGUUGAUGCAGUCAAUAUUUCAUCUUCAAACAAUGUUCCCCCUCUUCCCUUGUCAGCACCCCCACCUCUCCCAUCCUCAGCCCCGCCCCCACUAUCUUCAGCCCUGCCUUCUCCAUUCUCAGCCCCACCCCUUCUCCUUCACAUAUCACAGUCACAUCCUGUUGGAGAGAUUAACUCUUCAGUGAGUGGUACAGGUUUCAGAAAGCCAUCGUAUGAAAUGACAUCACAAGAAAUUAAAACAACUCCUCAUACCAAAAAACAUUUAGAAAACAAAAAGAAUGGCUCUUCUGAACACAUACAGCAGGACAUCGAACAUGAAGCUGACCCAAGUAAAUCCAGAAAACAUAAAAAACAUAAUACUCACUCUAGCAAAACAAGGGCACUGAGUGCUGCAGGACAUCUUCAUUUGAAAUCGGAAACUGUCGAUCAUGCUACAUCUGUGACUAGAUUGAAAGCUGCUCCAAAGGCAAGUGACAGAAGGUGGUCCUCGCCAGUUCCAACAGAUGACAAGCCAACAGCAGCACCAGCUGUGCCAAUCAAAAAUGAAAAUGAAGGUCAAGCUCUUACCGGACUUUUGGCAACCUUAGGUUUAGUCAGAAACCAGUCGUCUGAUCCUAGUCCAAGUUCACCUAGUCGUACUUUGCGAUCUUUGUCUUCACCGUCUAAUACAUUUGCUUUUGAACCUCCAGUAUUACCACCACGCUCCAAUCCAACCACACCAACAAGAUUUUCAUCAUCACCUAAAAUUUUGGUAAAUAAAGCACGUCCUACCAGUCCAAGACAGUCGAGCUCUCCUCUGCCAGAUACCAAUAUAAAUACUGUCUCGGCAGUUCAAACUGCCACCAACAACAGUGAGUGUGGUCCUUGUCCAAGUUCAGCGGGUCGUACUUUGCGAUCUUUAUCAUCACCGUCUGAUUCAUCUGCUUUCGAACCCCCAUCAGUACCACCACGCUCCAGACCAACCACUCCGACCAGAUUUUCAUCAUCACCUAAAAUUUGUCUAAAUGAAAUACGUCCUACCAGCCCAAGAAAAUCAAGCUCUCCUGUGCCAGAGAGCAGUAUGAGUACUGUCUCGGCAUUUCAGAUUGGCACAAAUGAAAGUGUGUGUGGUCCUUGUCUAAGUUCACCUGGUCGUACUUUGCGCUCUGUAUCAUCGCCAUCUGAUUCCUCUGCCUUUCAACCUCCAUUAGUACCACCACGCUCCAGACCAACCACUCCGACCAGAUUUUCCUCAUCACCUAAAAUAUUUGUGAAUGAAGUACGUCCUACCAGCCCAAGAAAGUCAAGCUCUCCUCUGCCUGAAAACAGUAUAUUUACUGUCAUCGCCUCAAGUGACAGUAUACCAAAGUCUGCUCAGUGUCAUGACCCAUUGAAGCAGGCUAUCAUUAAAAAUGUAGAUGAAUUAAAAUCAAGUAAAGUUCUUCAUAAACCAAAAAUCACACCUAUAAAUAUCAGAGAUGACAACCUAGAUUCAGACAUUGAGGGUGUAUAUUUACAGAAUCUGAACAUAAAAGACAAUGAUAAUAAAUCGGAUAACAUAGUAAAAAAGUCUGAUUCCAAUAAUGGCAAACGCAGUCCCAUCCCAACAAAGCGUUCUAUUACCAGCAUUGAAUCAAUGAACCAGAUUUCCAAAGAAAGUGCACUUUCAACCAGCAAAGAUCUUAGUGCCAACUCUGUCAGCUCACCUUGUGCCAUCUCUGGACAUGGACAAAGUAAAGAAGACUUGGGAACUCUGAUACAUAAUGCUGCUUCUCUUCAUAGAGGACCAUCCCCUGAUAUUGCUCCUCAGAAACCACCAAGAUUACAUAAAAUAUUGAAAUCACCCAAUCUUGACAAUUUGUCAACAGAGUUGUCUCAGAUGGAUAGAAAAAGUCAUGAUGAAAGUCUUGAGUCAGAUUCCUGUGUUUCUGGACUGAAUCGUUUUCCCUCCACAUCUUCUACCAGUAGUUCACAGUCAGAAAGUGUUGAUGUGGAAAAGUUUCAGGCAGACGAAGAGUUACCUCAGUGGAAGAAAGAUAUUAAUGAAAGGAAAAAGAAGUUGAGAGAAGACAUUGCUAAAUCUGAAUCUGAAAAUGUUAAAUUAAAAUGUCUUAAAGAAAAAGGGGCAAGAAAGGUAAACACAGAUUCUAAAUCGGUUGCUCAAGAAGAAAUUAAUAAAGAGUAUAAUUCUUCACAAGAAGAAAUUAGGAAAGGGCAUCAGUCUUUGCAAGAAGAAGAAUCACAUUCUUCUAAACCAGGAUACAGCUCCUCAGGCAGUGUUAAUGAAUGCCAAGGUAGAAGUGCAAUCCACGAUGCAGAAGAAAAUGUGUCACGAAUCAGGGACAAAACAAGGGAGAACACAAAACCUAGUAAUGGGUUAGACUUUCAAAAUGAGCAGUCUGCAUUUGAACCAGUCAAAAAGAAAACAGUCAAGUUAAAAGAUUCAGAAUUGGAGUUUAUGAUUAACAAAUCAAAGCUGAAAUCAGUUAAUGUUGACAUGUCAUUGGAGAGAGAAUAUGAAAAGGCUAAUAAUUCUGAAAAACAGGCUGAAGAAUCAAGAGGUGAAAAUGGAUCAGAAUCUGACACUAUUAGAAACAGACAACGUAAUCAGAGCUUAGACGGAAAAAAAGAUGCUUUGUUUGAAUCAGUUGAUUUGAAUAAUACAGAGAGGUUCAAAGAUGAAAAUGGAGAAGAAAAAGCUGCUUCUAGUAUGAGAAAUUCACCAAAACGGAGUAUUGACUCAUUUAGAUCCCAGGAUUCUCAGCAUAAUAGCAGCGAAGAUGAAGAAAAUCGUCGAUCGUCUGUCCUCUCUGAAGAAAAGAUUUUGUUGCAGAGUGGAGACAGCAUUGACAGGAGCAGACAACCAUCCCCAAAAGUCAGGAGGAAGAUCACCGUUCUUGGCAGAAAUAGUAAGGAAAAAUUGAAUUCACCACCUACUUCCCCUGUCCCAAUGAAGAAGGUUGAAGUCAUAGCAAAAUUUAACUUUGAAGAGAGCUCUUCAGAUUUUGAAAGCAGUCUAACAACAUCAACAGCUAGCUUGACCCUCCAUGAUAAACAUGUGCCUCCCCCAAGACCACCUCCCCCACGACUGCAUCAUAAAUCUGUACCGCCGGCACAGAUUUCUGCCAUAGAAUUACAACAACAAUUACUGGACUUAGAUGGUCGACUGACAGAACUGGAGCUGCGAGGGAGAGAUUUGGAAGAGUCCAUUAGAAAUGAAAACACACUUGAGGAGGAUGAUGAUAAGCUGAUCAAUGAGUGGUUCAAACUUGUGGGCGAGCGGAAUGAACUGGUUAGGAAGGAAGCUGACCUGGCUUAUAUCUCCAGAGAGCAAGAAUUAGAAGAUGAACAGGAACACAUUGAGUCUCAGCUGCGCUAUUUAAUCAGCAAACCAGAGGGCCUCAAAUCUGCUGACGAAAAGCAGGAAGAAGAGUACCUCAUCAAACGCAAGCUGGAAUUGGUUGAGGAGAGAAACAUGAUUAUAGAUAGCAUGGAUGAGGAUAGGCUUAGGUAUGAGACUGAAGACAGAGAAUUUAAAAUGAUGAGAGAGAAAGGAUUAUGGAGAAGCUCAAGUGGGUCACCUGUUAAGGAGAAAAGGUCAUCAAAAUCAGUUUUCUAUUCCUAG